AUGAUGAUGGUGGUGGUGGUGAUGGCAAUGAUAGCGAUGAUGAUGGUGAUAGUGAUGAUGAUGGUGGUGGUGGUGAUUGACCAUGAGCGCAGUGCUGGGUCCGAGCCGGGCAAGUACGCCCUGUUGGACUGGAUCGUGGCGGACAUCCUGGCCAUCCGGCAGGGCGCCCUGGGGCACGUGCGCUACGUGCUGAAGGACGGCCUGAAGUGGCUUCCCUUGUACGGCUGUUACUUCUCUCAGCACGGAGGCAUCUACGUCAAGAGGAGCGCGAGGUUCAGGGAGAAGGAGAUGCGCCAGAAGCUGCUGAGCUACGUGAGCGCCGGGACCCCGAUGUACCUGGUGAUUUUCCCGGAGGGGACGCGGUACAACCCCGAGCUGACGAAGGUCAUUUCCGCCAGUCAGAUGUUCGCUGCUCAGGAAGGCCUGCCCGUGUUGAAGCACGUGCUGACGCCGCGCGUGAAGGCCACACACAUCGCCUUCGAUUCCAUGAAGAACUACUUAGAUGCCGUCUACGACGUCACUGUGGCCUUCGAAGGGACCGUGGACGACAAGGGGCAGCGGAAAGAGGCGCCGUCCAUGGUUGAAUUUCUCUGCAAAGAUUGUCCGAAAAUCCAUAUCCACGUUGCUCGCAUAGACAAGAAGGACGUCCCGGAGGAACGCGACUUCAUGAGGAGGUGGCUGCACGAACGGUUCGAAAUAAAGGACAAGUUACUGAUCGAGUUCUAUGACUCGCCGGAUCCGGACAGAAGGAACCGGUUUCCCGGGGAAAGUGUCAGCUCUAAGCUGAGCCUCAGGAAGACGCUGCCGUCACUGCUGGUCCUGAGCGGCCUGACCGCGGGCAUGCUGGCCACCGAGGCCGGGAGGAAGCUGUACGUGAAGACGUGGCUCUACGGGACCCUGCUCGGCUGCCUGUGGGAGAAAGUUCUAUGCCAGCUGCUCCCGACAGACUUCGGCCAGGGCAGUCGGCUAUUUGCCGGGAAAAUGCAGGAGCUGGGAGUCGUGGAUGAAGUGGGAGAAGAAGGGAACAGGCCAUGCGCUUCAAACCCACGUCGAAGGGAAGCCGGUUAAGCUCUGGGCGGCGAAAGGCCAGAAUCCCGAGGCUGCUGUAACCGCCCCCAGUUCAGCCUGGACUUCGUCCUCCGGGCUCCGUGGUUCAGUUCAGUCCCCCCGCUUCCUGGCAAAAGUAUCGACCCCUAAAUUCCUUUUAUUAUGAAUAUGUUUUCAUUGAUUUUUAGAGAGAGAGGAAGAGGGAGGGAGGGAGGGAGGGAGAGAAA